AUGGGCAAGUGGACCACACUGAUCGAGCGCGUAGCGUCCGAGCCGCAACUUGCACGACACAAGGAUCACCACGGUAUGCUGCCGCUGCACUGGGCCUGUACGGAGAAUGAUACCCCUCCAAAAGUAGUACGGACACUUCUUGCUGCCUUCCCUGAAGCCGUGAUCACCAAGAAUAACGCACAGUAUUUGCCAAUUCACAUUGCAGUAAAGGCUUGUGCCCCCUUAGAGACGCUGAGGUUGUUGGUGGAUGCGCGACCAAGUUUGUUAAUGGAGGAGACGCCCGCUGGUAAGACAGUCAUUCAGCUUGCCAAGGAGAUGAAUGUGCCGCAGAAAACCUUGAAGAUGCUUCAACGCGCGGAACAGGACUAUUUGGAUCUCAGUGAGGACGACGAUGACGCUUUUGACUAUGAAGAUGUGAAGCGCGAUAUUGAGAUGCAGAGCCAGUUGUUGCGUGAGAGCAUGCUGAACCCACCGUCAAUGAACGGUCCGAAUGCGUCAUUGCCACAGUCGAACCCGAUCGCAGCUACGUCUGAUCUCAGCGCGUCGCAAAACCCUUUUGAAAACAGUCAAAACAUGGUCACGACGCUUAGCUUUGUGGACGGAGCACUAGUCCAAUCGCAAUCGAAUUUUUCCAAGUCGAUAUCGCUCUCGCGGAAGACUGAAAGCGGUCCGCAACCAUUCGUGACAGACAAAUUGUGCUCGUCUCCAUCAUCGGUGCGUGCACUGACCCGCGGAGCGCCCACGCAAGGUCCCGCGCGGACUAAGACCACUCGUGAGAUUUCAGAAGCUCCCUCCCCUGCGACCUUUGAUGACGCUGCUUGCGGGCGGCAGAUUUAUGAGCCCGACCACAAUACUGGCGUAUGCGGCGUGUGCUACAAGAAGUUCUCUAUGUUCCGCAAGAAAUAUCAGUGCAAGGAAUGUUUUAUAUAUUUGUGCAAGAAGCACGUGGCUGGCAGAGUAAUGCUGCCGAACUACACGAAAAAGCGCUCAGCGUGCGGUGACUGCUAUCGAAUUUACCGCAAUGGUCCACUAUUGCCGAACACGACGUUAACUACUAUGUGUAGCGGUGCUCGAGCCGCGCGCGCGUCGGGAAGUUACGUUUCUGGCUCUGGCCCAACGAGUGACAAGAAGGGUCCUUGUCUACGCAACAAUUCUUCGAUUCCAGCUCCAUCGACGGUAUCUACACCUUCGAUAGUUCUUGAAGCUACGGACACAAUCAGCAACCAUAGCUUGCCAUUAACUAAUUCUCGCCCCAGUAGUUUAUUUGGAUCUCGGCUGAAUGGUAAUCGCACGACACGUGUUGGGUCUACGCAAUCGUUGGUGAACCGAUCUUCAAACGUCCCUGGCCCGCAGGUGAAUAUGCGCUUUAGCGCCAAUACGAUUGGUGCACGGCCAAACCGGGUACACAGCGGUGGCCGCACACAUGGUAAUAGCACGGCAGUUAGCGAUACGGUUGUGAGUCUUACCGAGAGCGAUCAUCCGACGGUUGAUGUGAACGCUCUGCAGCAGCGUGUGGCUGUGCUGGAGGAUUGCAACAAGACCCUUAUGACUCGUGUGACAGACCAAGAGAGGCAGUACAAUGAGGCAAUGUUGCUGCUAACUACAACAAUGACGCGUGUGGCCGAGAUGGAGCUCCGUUUGCCAACGGAGCAACGUAAGUCGUAUCGAGGAACAGGCGGUUCUACAACUGCGUCGGAGAGAGCAUCGGAGCAGGACAACAAUGAUAAAUAUUCUUAUUCGACGCCGUUUGUGGAGAAUCAACAGCAAGAGCAUGAGCAUGAGCAUGAGCAUGAUGAUGAUGAUGGAGAUUGUAUCUUGAGUACUUCACAGACUAAAGUACGUGCGUUAUUGGAAGAAAUGAAAGCAAAUGCAUCCUGGGGAGAGAAAGAACAGGAAGGAGAAGAACGUCGAUUGUUAGAAGAACUACAGACUUGUGUGCUAGAUACUGAAAACCGUCAUGCACUUGAGAAAUUACCCAAGCGUAUGUGUGCCUAUGAAUUUAAACCUGGUGAUAUCGCCUGGAAUUGUAAAGUUUGCCAGGUGGAUGAGACUUGUGUAAUGUGCAAUGAUUGCUUCAUUUCUAGUGAUCAUGAAGACCAUGAGGUUUUUUUUUACUAUACACACAGUGGAGGCUGCUGUGAUUGUGGAGAUACUGAAGCUUGGGCGCCCGAAGGCUUUUGCACACGACAUAAGGGAGCACAAGAUGCAGAUCCACUGAGUUUCUUACCGCUUGAUCUACUCGUAAAUUCACGUGAAUGCAUUGCAGAAGUGAUGAACUUGGUACUGGAUGCGAUCAAAGAGGCUAGGUUCGGCUCGGUGAUUUAUGAUGACGACUUGGACGUUGUGCGGGAUAAACUGGGAAGUCAAUCGCCAGAAAGACGCUACUCAGUCAUCGUGCACUACAACGAAUUGCAGACGUCACAGGAAUUUGCGACAGCACUGAAUAAGGCCCACCCUGCGAUUGCUUACCAAAUGCUGAAGAUUGUUGGUGAAACGUCGUCACAGAAGCAAAGCACUGUGCGAGCGAAGGCAUCUCGCGAGGAUGUUCUUGAGCUUGCAGCAUCCUUGCACAAGCAUGGAAUUGUGACAUCUGUUGUAUCGUGCGAAUAUAAACCGAGGGUGCCCUUGAUCAAUUCGUUGCUUCAAUGGCUUGCUUCGCUAGCAAAUCUUUCAGACGGGCUCUGUCGUCUGAUUUGUGAAAAGAUGUGCGCUAUAGAAAGUUUAGAGCAUAACGAUAGCAGCAUGGCAGUCGAUGAAGCAGUCGAUUAUCCAAUGCUUCGGGCUGUGAUAAUGGCUGACUCGUUUUUGCCCAAAACUGAAAGCGAUGCUCUUCACAGCUUGCUGAUGGCUCUCCUGGCCGAUCCCCUUUUCAAGCAAGCGUUUGCAAUCUCAUUUACAUCGUCCUACCGCCAGCUUUAUCGAGAAUUUGCUGCUGGUGUUGGCAGCUCGACAGCUACUAUAUUAGCAUUUAGCGUGCAAUUCUUCAACCGGGCAACCUUUGUAAAAAAGCUGGUCGCCGAGCAUGACCUUCUGGAAGUGCUGGUAAAUUCGGUGCUUGAAACCUUGCGCAAGAAGGAGAAAACUGAUUUUGUCGAUAUGGCAUUCGAUGGUACAUGGAAUAACAUGGUACACGUCCUGCAUCCAGAUCGCAACCGAGAACUCGAUAUUUGGGAUGUGUUUGCAAUGGGCAUCCAGCGUUCGCAGGGGCUUACGCUACGAGACGUCCAUGUAAGCACCCUAGUGCAUGAAGCUGAGCGAGCAGGUUACCAUAUCCGACACCAACGAGAGAUAUCGCCAUUCUUACGUCUACCCCCUGAAACAGAACUUACAGGAAGGUUCAUGCUGGAUGUCACGUCACCAGUCUUUGUGUGCCGUCGCUACAUGUCAGCUCAAUUUCUGCUUUAUCUUGCCUUCAUCCAAGGGGCUUGCUCAGACGUUCGACGAUUUGGAGAUCACGUUGAGAUGGAGUCACGUGGUUGGGUUGUGACCGUGGAGUUCGUAUCAACGACUUCUGACGUAUCUUCGUGGGUUGUAUCAAACGCUUUCAAGACUGUUGGUGGGCCCGAGGCUAUGCGUUCAUCGGAGGCAUCACAGAAUCUGAUUGCGAAGCUUUCGAAAGCAAUACUGGAGGCGUUUUACUUCUGGUUAGCAUCAGCUGGCAAGUAUUUCCCUUCGUCGGAUUAUCAGGUUGGAGACACUCUACGCGCAGAUCAGCUCGAGACAGCGGUGUCAUGUCACUUUCCACUCCAGCGCACGCUAUCGCAAUUAAUUCGGGCAUUAAGCGAUUCUGCAAACGGUUUAGAUAUCUUUCUGUCUUUGGUUCAAAGUAAAGUAUUAAAGGACGCUGAAUCAGUGUGGAUUCAUGAUGCUGAUAGCCCCAUUGGGUUUUGGCAUCGGGUGCAUUUAAUCGAGCCUGUGCUGCAAGCAAUUGUGUGGGAUGCUCAAGUGCAUUCUGGAUUGUGGGUGCGUAAUGGCAUGUCGGUGAUCAAUCAUAGUAUGAACUACGGUGAACCACCAUUCUGUGCUCGAUUCCGUGAUCUUGAUUUGCUGUUGCUUCAGUUUAGUUUCCAGCUUCUGGGUGUCGACUGGAUAAUGGCAUCGAUUAUGGAGCGCUUUGACGUCAUAGAGUGGUAUGAAGCAGCGCAAAGCUCUGAUGCAAAAGAGGCAGAGCUGAUGGUAACCGAGUGUUUGACGCUAUUAUCGCAGCUCGCAUCUGAAUUACCACCAAAGGUUGCCGAUGAAGACGCUACGCGGAGCCUUAUUCCAUAUUUGCGCCGAAAAAUUGUUCAGCGUUUGUGCGUCGGACCUUGCGCUCACAGUGACUUGUCCAAGAUUGCAAAUGAGUUUUUCUUGAGUCGCGAGAACCUGUUCCCAGUCAAUUUCUCAGGAGGCCCGAUUCUAGAUCAGAUUUUGAAAGAGGUGUGUAUGGGGGCAGGGAUUUCAGCAUCCUUUGGCGCUGGGGAUUCAUCUGCACAAGGUGGAGGCAAGUUCCAGUAUCGGUUAAAGUCGGAGCUAUAUGCAGAGUAUAACCCGACGUUUGUACACUUGACGCGAAAACAACAUGAAUCAGCUCAUGAAAACUGGUUCCAGCACCGCCUCCGCUCGUCUAAGAAACGAGAACAGGAGCAAGCAGACGGUAGUCCAAACAAUACUCACUCGACUUGGCUUGAUUUUCCAAUGGUGAACAUGUUUUUACCAUGUCCGCUCGGCUUUCGACUGUCUCGUAUUUCCAUUUUACACGCAGAUGCGCGACGACUGGUGUACGAAUCGUUGUGGCGUGCCACAACUGAUGCCCAUAGCAGCCUCAGCGUUCUUUCAAGAGCUGUGCACUUGUUCACGCUUCAGCUUUAUGUUGUGGAAGAUGUCCGUUACUUCCAAACGAUGAUUCCCGCCUCGGACGCAGCACACUUUGAACUUGAACGAGCUUCUCGGAUCGCGGACAGGUUUAUUGAGUGGGUUCCCCAAGAACAGCCUCGAUUGUACUCGGGUGCGGCUCCGCGUUGCGCGGUUUUGUAUAUCCUGUUGAAGCUGAAUCCCUGGUCAAACCACGGCGGAAGUGCAAGCAUGACAAAGUUAGACGGUGACCAGAAACACGAGAUUGGUCGCGGGAUUGACUGGCUGCUACAUCGGCUGUCUCGCAUUAGUCCUAAAUGCCGAAGUGUAGUGGAGCAACAUCAAGUAACCGAGCAAGAGUCGCGCGACGAAGCUGCACGUAAAUUGGCUUUAGCGCAAAGACGGAAAGAAGCACAAAUGCGGGCAAUGCAGCAGAUGCGAAUGCGACAAGUCGCUUUUGCAGAGCAAAUGAAAGCAGCAGCAAACGACAGCGAGCAUGCUUCUGUUGGUGAUGAUGAGUCUGACACUGAGGGCGAACGUGAAAAGUACAUACCGAGUGCAUCUGAUGCUGCAGGAGAUGACAGUGAUGUUGAAAUGGAUGGAAGUGAAGAUACGAUGAAUGACGAUGCGUCCGUAGUGGAAUGUGCAAUGUGCCAUUCGACGAGCUCUGAAAAUAGCUUCAUGUGCUACGUUGGUUUUGCCCAGUGCUCGCCUGCUCUUUCUCGACUAAAUGGCGGCUUGCACGGUCAGUUUUUAAGUACGCCUAUGGACGAGAUGCACGUCGGCGAAGACAUACCCGUGCACGUUCGUCUGUGUGGUCAUUCGGUGCACCAGAAGUGCUGGGAAUCAUAUCAUACCUCCCAGUUCCAACGUGCAAUUACUGGUGGGCAUCAUCGACAUGCAUUGAAUGCUGUUGACGUCACGAAGAAGGAGUUUUUGUGCCCGCUAUGCAAAUCAAUUUCGAAUGUACUGAUCCCGACAGCAACGGACCGGGAACGCAAAUUUCUUCCAACUAUUCAGCGCAGAGCAUCGAUCGGUGGGUGUGAUGAAAUAUCCAUGGCUACUGUAACACAUUUGGAGAUGGUUCGCUGGCUGGAGCAUGCCGUUGGAAGGACCAACGAGACAGGCACUGGUGUUAAUGGGUCCACAGAUAUCAAGAAAGUAGCGAGUGCGAUAUUGCUGGAAGAGAAGCUUGAAUCAGCUUCCAUUUCGUUGAUUGGUGAGGAUUCUCAGGAACCGCAGCACUUGAGCAAGUGGUUAGAGGACGGACUAGCAUCCCUCUGCAUGGCAAUUCACAAGGUGGCGUGCGGUGCAAUGCAAAAGUCACAACCGGAACGCUACACCACCUCUGGUUGCAAUGCACUUUUUCACACAUUGCUUUGCUCUUUCCUAGAUACGCAUGACUCGGAUCAGUUGCGUGAGCACCUUUUCAUGGAAGCAAUGCGUUUCUUACCGCUGAUGCUGAGGCAAGUCAGCUCACACUUUUCCACAAAUCCUUCAGUGGCACCAACCGCUGAUUUGUACGAAAAAAUUCUUCACUUGCUAUACUAUGGAGGGUCGGACAUUCUUCCUGAUGGAACCGUAGUGCUUGAGAGCGAGCACCCAAGUACACAGACCCAAACGCGAAAGCAGAGCCAGUGGGGCAAGGUACGAUGGCCACAAAAACCACUGCUGCUGAACCAUUUGGGUAGCGUGCUGAUGAAGGGUCUGCUUUUUGCGAAGAGUGAGGAAGGUGCGGUGUUCAUCGCUCGGCUUGUAGUGCUUGCACGUCUAGUGCAAACGUUACUGUGGUAUGCCAUCACGCAGAAAGCGGACUUUACUAAUGCGAUGGCAAACGAUCUUGCGUUUUCGGAGGAAAACGUAGCGCUAUUCGCUGCCUGUUUUUCUGCAAGUUCUGUCGAUACUAACGGAGAUCGCCAUCUAAAUCUAGAGAACACUGUGGGAAAUGAAUUGGAGCUACUUUUGGAGGCACUUGUGAGAAAGUGUGAUGGUGCUUUUCAAGUGGAGCCCGUUGCGGAUAAGCGCCAGCUUCUGAAUGUCGUAGCAUGUGAAGUUGUGCCUCUUGCCAAAGUGGCUACGUUUAUGAUUCAGUCGUUGACAAGGCGGGCUGCACCACACCAUCGUUAUGGAUCUACAGUGGCCUCGAAGCCAAUAUUUAUUACGCAAGAAGACGUUCUCGGUGUCGGGUUUGUGAAGUUGAACGCUCUGCAAUUUCACGAAUCAACGGACAAUCGAGAGCAGGCUGUUUUGACGCAGCUCGUAUCUGGAUGGGUACAUCGUUUCAAAGCUGCAUACGAAGAAAUGAACGACCCACAUGAUGUUCUUCAGCAGUGGCUCACGACUGCCAAUGUAGAUCGUGCCCAGAAGCUUAAUCUACCGUCCGUGCUUUGCCGAGACCUGCACACGUUGCACUCAACCAUAUCGGUGUUCAGUUCAGGCUCAUCUCGUACCCGGUAUCUCCGCUCAUUGCCUCGACCGUACGUGAAAUUCUACUCGGAACUGGCAAAGCGCAAGUGUCAUGCAUGUCACCAGUUUCCGGCACGUCCUGCUGUGUGUCUUCUGUGUGGAAUGCUACUUUGUGCUGCGAACACAUGUCCAUCGAUUCACUUGGACAAAGGCGGGUACCCUGACGAAGCCAAUCCGGGUGCAUGUACUGUUCAUGCGAAGAAGUGUGGACGAGGUAGCGGUAUGUUUCUACUCGUGCUUGAAGGCGCUGUAUUGCUCGUAUACUGGAAAUUGGCAGCAUACGUUGGAAGUCUGUAUGUGGAUGAAUACGGUGAAGAAUUUGGUGAGCGCAAUCGUGAGUUGAGUAAAGGUCGUCCACUGUAUCUCAAUGAAGAGCGACGUGAACGUCUUUUACGAUUGUGGUUACGUCAUGAGAUCCCGAAUGAAGUUGUCAAGAUUCAAAAUAGCUCGGAGCGUGUGAUUCGCAAUAGCCACUACUAA